UCCGCUGUUUCCUCUUUUGAUUCUUUGCGAAAGGAGAAAGCGCUUCAUGUCUUGGCGUGAACUCCUUCCCCCCUGGCUGGUGAUCGUAGCGGGACUGACGGGCAUCGUGCUGCUUUGCGUCUCCACUAAAGAUGUGCCCGUCGCGCCUCCCAGGACCAAGUAUGGCAUUGUUCUGGAUGCUGGCCCAUCCCGCACCAUCCUGUUCGUCUACCAGUGGACCACCACCAAGGCAAACAAGACCGGGGUGAUCAGGGAAUGUAGUUCCUGUCCUGUGCAAGGUCUGAGAAUCUCCAACUACUCAGAUUCUCCUCAGGAAGUAGGGAAGAGUUUGGAGCUAUGUUUGAACCAUGCCCAGGAGGAGAUCCCGGCAGAGCUGCACAGCCAAACCCCCCUCUACUUGGGAGCAACCGCCAGCACGGGGCAGCUGAACCUCACAAAUCUCACCCGCGCUGACGGUCUCCUUGCAGCCCUGACUGUGGCCCUGAAGUCAUCCCCCUUUGACUUUCAGGGAGCACAAAUCCUGUCCAGUCCAGAUGAGGAAGCAUUCAAUUGGGUUGCUGUUAACUAUGUCCUGGAGAACUUCUUCAAGUACGACUGGCAAGGACAGUUGGUCCCCUCCGGGAAGGGGAUGGCAGGAGUCCUGUCCGUGGGAAGAACUUCAGCACAGCUCACAUUCAAGGUGGAAGAAGGAAACCAGGCACCGAAAGGAGGAGUGAGGCUGCAGCUGUAUGGGAAGACGCACAACGUGUACACUCACCACUGCCCCUGCCACGGCACGGACCAGCUCCGCAGCAGCCUGCUCUCUGUGCUCAUUCAAGAUCAGAGAAGUGCUAAAACUGUGACUAAUCCCUGCUGGCCCCUCACCUACUCCCAGGAAGUGCAGUGGCAAUCGGUGCAUGCUGGGCCUUGUGCUGUCAGCAAUGACACGUGGGACAUCCCUGGCCCUAAGGAGGUCUUCAACAUCACCGGCUCCGGCAAUCCCACCGCCUGUAUGAGACUCAUGCAAAACCUGCUCAACUCUUCCUCUUCCUGCAGCUUCCUCAAGCAUUCCCCCAGCAGUGUUUUCAAGCCCCUCCGGACCAGGUUUCUGGUGAUUUCUGAGGCCAUGGACUUCAUGAGAGAAACCGUACCCUCUCCUGACUUGGGCCAGGCAGUCAAAAGGCUUUGUGGAAUGUCCGUCAAAGAGCUGGUCAAGGAGUCCCAAACAAGCCUGCAUACACUUGCUGACUACUGCGUUGUGUCUGCCUUCAUCUUUCAUCUCAGUACAAAGGGAUACAGCUUUGACUUUGACGGCUCUGUUUGGACUGCAUUCCAGAAGAAGAUGGGUGGCACGUCCUCUGGCUGGACUCUCGGGUACCUGCUGAGCCUCACCAACUCCAUCCCCCAGGACAGCCCAAGCUUCCUCAAGGGGAUUGAACCAGGGGUCUGGUCUUUGCUCCUCAUCCUCUUUGUCACGCUGCUCACUGGCUCUUUCAUGCGCAUCUCCUACCGAGUGAUGGUCAAGGAAAACAGCUUGAGUAACAGGAACAGCAGUGUUUUUGAUGACAACUGACCAUUAUUUUGGGACUUGAUACUCUUGCCAGAGGGCAGUUAAGAGGGUACAUACAGAAAUCACGCAGGUGUAAGUCACUGGAGGUCACCAGCGAUUCUCUUGCAGGACUCCCAGAGCCUCCCUGCCUUAUUUCAGCUUGCUAACACUUGCACUACCGUACUUUGAGACAACAGAGCCUGCUCGGCAGGAAGCCUGUGCUUCCCGGUGGAUGGCAAGCAAAUGUUCAAAUGUCCAAAUGAGAACAGCCUGCGCAGAUCUUGCCUGGGCUGCAGCUGAGAUUACUCACGUCAACCUAAUGAAAUGAUGCCUCUGAGCAGGCAGGCCCUGAGCUAUUGUAAAGUUAAUAUUGAAUAAUCCUGUCUAAUCAGGAGAGCUGGUGUCUGAAAACGGUGCUCUGUCCUCUUCUGUGCCCACAAGAGAUGUUAUCUGCAGUAUCGCCACUAGUGAAGACUGGAACAGAAUUACAAUAUAAUCAGAAUGUAACAGCCAGCUUCCUUCCAUGUUCUCAGGAAGAAAGCAGGUAUUUUCUGCCUGCUACCACUGAUCUGCCUGUUCUUCCGCCUCAGUGACAGUAUCCACGUGUCCCUUCCAGUGAAUGCUCCUGCUGAGCGAGAAUCCUUCAAAAGCAAUGGGCUUUGGUCUUGGUCUCUACCAAAUGUGCAGAGCAUCAAACAAGAAACAGAGGGCAGAGAAGUGCAGCUGAGUUCCUGUCUCAGCUGAGUCAUGGGAAUGCAGGGUUAAAAUUGCCAAUUUAAACUCUUUAACCAGGACUUGAAUUAACACAUUUCGUUUCACAUUUACUAAAACCGGGUGCAUGCUGAGCUGAAGUUCCCCAGUUCAUUCAUUUGCACUGAACUGCUUGUCUCGCUGACUCUGAAAGUGAAGUAUCUCAUCUAAUAUUGUCCUUUAGACAAGAGCAGACCCAGGAACAGGAGCUUUCCUAAUUGUCAGUCCAAUGACUUUCGUAUUAGACUCUGACCAGAGUUACUUUCUAAUCCAAUGCUCAGGCUUCCUCUGGGACGUGGCAGUCAUUCCAGCUCCUCUGCUCUGCUCUGCUUAUCUAAAGGAUGAGGUGCUGUAUAAAUCCCCCGUGUUAUUGUGAAGAAAAGGGAUGGAUUCAGACUAACACUGUCCUUUGACUGAAGCAUUUAGAGUUCACUUCUUGGAUUGCUUCAGAGACUUAAAUGCACAGGCUGUUAAAAGCCCAAGGGAUAAGUGUCUCCUACUCAUUUCAGACCACUUUAAACAAAUUUAAAUGCUCACAGAUGCAGUGAUGUGCCUUGCAGGAUUUUUAAAGCUACCGUGGCACACAAAUCCUUUCAAAUCUGAUUAUUAAUUACUUGUGCUCCCAACUAAUAUGUAGAACACUCUCCUAUCCCCUAUAAUAUUGGGGUAUUCAUAAAUUUUCUGGACAAUUAAUGAAGGUUUGGAACCUGUCAGUCAAGUUUGGAGGGGUGUGGAAACAGAUUUAAACAAGCUCCAUAUUA